AUGCAUAUAUCAACAUAAGAGGAAUUAAAAUUAAGAGCAAAACAGAAUGAAAUAUCAUCUGGAGAAGAAGAUGGAUUCUCUGAUUCUAAUGAUGAAUGUGAUCCUGAAAAUUAUAAUUUUUAUAUGUCCUAAAUUGAUUUUGCUGCCUUAGCUAAUGGAAUUGCUUAAGAUGAUUAGAAAGGAUAAGAAAUCAAUUUAAGAGAAAGAGUCAGCACAUAAUAAUUAAGAUAAGAAGUUAAUUAAGUAAAUCAACAUAUCAGUGGAAAUCAUUAAAAUAUUACUAGUGUUCCUAAUCCAAUUAAAUUGUUAGUUUCCAAAUAAAAAAGAAGAUAUAAUUACAAUGGAUUUAAUUUAGAUUUGACAUGUAAUCGAAUUCAUAAAAUCUUAGAUAUAACUGAAAAGAUUAUAGCGAUGGGUUUUCCUGCUGAAAAUUUAGAAUCUAUUUACAGAAAUUCAAUGUAAGAUGUGCGAAGAUUUUUUGAUUCUGUACAUCCUGGUCAUUAUAAAGUAUACAAUCUUUGUGAAGAAAGAAAAUAUGAUCAUUCUAAUUUUAAUUAGGUAGCAGAAUUUCCAUUCUAAGAUCAUUAAGCACCUACUUUCUCACUUAUAUAUGAAUUUUGUAUUGAUUUAGUAAUUAUUUUAUAAUUUCAAUAGGAUAAUUGGCUUAAAGCACAUGAAAAAAAUGUUGCUGGAAUUCAUUGUAAAGCAGGAAAAGUAUUUAAAAUAAUUUACAAAUAUAGGGACGUACUGGUGUCAUGAUUUGUUGUUAUAUGCUUUAUGCUAAAUAAUUUGCCAAUGCUUAUGAUUCCAUGAGAUAUUAUGGUAUGAUAAGAACCAAAAAUAAAAAAGUAUUAUUUAUUAAAUGUAUUUUUUAAGGGUGUUACCAUACCAUCCCAAAUUAGAUAUAUCUUUUAUUUUGAAAAAGCACUCAAUAAUAAAUGGGUUCCAGAUAAUAUGCCAAAUAAAUAAGUUGAAUUAGUCAAGAUUAGAUUGAUUCCAGUACCAAAUGUUAAUUUCUUUGGUGGCUGUGCACCUUGGUUUAGAAUCUAAAAUAAAGACAAAGAAUAUAAUUCUAAAAAUUAAUUUCCUGUCAAAGAAUAUAAAUUAGAACCAUAUAUUGAAUUUAAACUUAAAGAUAUAUUUUUGUAAGGUGAUUUUCUCUUACAGUUUUUAAAUUAAGGAUUUUUGUCUGGGUAUUUAUAAAAAAAAUAUAUUUCAUAGUAGUGAAAAACUCUUUUAAGCUUGGUUUAAUUGUGAUUUCUUUGAUUAUACAGGUGUUCUUAUGAUUGAUAAAUUUAUGCUAGAUAAAGCUUGUAAAGUAUUAUUUUUAUCUAUAAAUUAGGACAAAUCUGGUAAAACCUUCUAAAAAGAUUUUCGUAUUGAAUUACAUGUUGUUGAAGUUAAUUAAGAUAAUAAAUCACUACAAUCUGUUUAUCAUAAUUCAAUGAAUUAAAUUACUCAUAAAAACUUUGGAUUUUGA